AUGCUUCCGUCAAACCCAUUCGACAUAGUCCAUGAACACCUCUGCAACUGCUAGUUCCGAGACUGGUAAUCCAACCCAAAACAUGAGCCCAGAACCCAAAACAGGGACCCUCCUCUAUAGAGUUUUCAACGAUGUGGGCUACUAAUCCAACCCAUUUUUUUUUUCCAAUUAGCCUAUACAAUAGGACUUCACCCGAUUCUUUGAAGGAUAACAACGGUUGGUUCUUUGGCGGGAGAGACCUAGAGAGAUCAAAGCCUCCCCUUUAGUUUGUUGUAAUUCCAUUUUGCUUCUGAACAAAGAAAGCAAAGACUCCAGCGUGUUUUGAAACCUCAAAAUGAAUCAAAAUGCUAUGUGGAGACUCCUUGAAUCGGAUUGGUACUCUCCAAGACGACUCCAUGACAGUCCCACUCAAUACGAUUUUCCAGGGGAUCGCCUUUUACCCAACAGAAGCUUGAUGGAUCUUGAUGAAGCCCACAGCAUGUUGACCAACAGGACCAGAGAUUUCAACCCUUUAAAAUGCAAUCAAGCUUAUCGACAGAAACUGUUUGAGAAUCUGUCUUUAGAUUCUGAAGGGAAACCAUUUAGGAUUAUCGUUUUCAGAGGAAGCCCAAAGUCAAGUAGAAAGUCCAUUCGUUUUGUUGAUGAGAUAAGACACGAAACAGCAGCGAUAUUUGAUAACCACAGCAAACAGCCUCAAUAUAGGAGCAUCCCCAAGGGAGAAAAGAGGGUUUUGGAUGCACCAGGGCUUAGAAAUGACUACUAUGUGAAUAUCAUGAGUUGGGGUAAAAACAACAUUCUUGCUGUUGCUUUGGGUCCGGAAUUGUACUUAUGGAACUCAGAGGAUCAAAGUGUACACAAGUUGCUACAAGUUCGUGGUGCGAACGAUUUGCCUACGAGUGUGACCUGGUCCAAGGAUGCCAGAACUCUAGCUGUUGGAUAUAUGUGCUCCAAACUUGAGCUCUGGGAUGCUGAGUAUUCCAAACUUAUUAGAAACCUUCAAGGUCAUAGUGGAAGGAUAGCAUCCACUGCAUGGAAUGGCCACAUUUUAACAUCAGGAAGCCGCGACAAAUCCAUUAUCAAUCAUGAUGUUAGAGCAGGAAACAAUUUGGCUUCCUGCAUAAAAAAGCACACUGAUGAAGUGUGCGGUUUGAAAUGGUCAAUUGAAGGCAAUAGAUUGGCAAGUGGAGGCAAUGAAAAUCUGUUAUACAUAUGGGAAGCUUCCAAAAUGAAUUCAUCCAAAUUUCUACAUCGACUCAGUGAUCAUUGUGCUGCAGUCAAGGCCCUUGCUUGGUGCCCCUAUCAGCACAAUGUUCUUGCCUCUGGAGGAGGCUUGAGUGAUGGAUGUAUUAAGAUAUGGAAUACACAAAAAGGAAUCUGCAUUAACAGCAUUGAAACCAAAGCACAGAUUAGUGGGCUGGAGUGGAACAGACAUCAUAAGGAGAUAUUGAGUGGCCAUGGCUACAGCACAACAGAGAAUCAAAACAAACUAUGCCUGUGGAGGUACCCUUCCAUGACCAAGGUGGCGGAGUUGGGGAAUCACAGAUCCAGAAUCAUCAACCUAUGCCAGAGCCCUGAUGGAGUAACAGUAACAUCAGCUGGGGCAGAUGAGACUCUUCGCUUUUGGGAUGUUUUCGGACCCCCUACGACUGGAAAUCUAAUGGUUUCAGAUCUUCAAGGUCUUUUCUCCUUGAGGACGUCUCUAAUAAGAUAAUAGCAUGUGGAGCAAUCGUUCACA